GUUCUACCACAGCACCUGCGAGGCUGUGGCCUGCCCGGCCUUCUCCACGGGCAAGGAUGUCGCCUCCGGCUGCACCUGUGACGCAGGUCGAAUGCCCGGCCCACUCCACGGGAACGGUGCCCAGGGGCUGCAAGUGUCAUGCCGGCUACUCCGGCACCAUCUCGGCCACCUCUGCGGCGCCUUUCUACAGCGGCAGCUGCCAGCCUGUAGCAUGCCCUGCUCACUCAACAGGAAGCAGCGUGCCGAGCGGCUGCGUGUGCAAUGCUGGUUACGCAACUUGGCGUGGGGUUUUGGCCGGGGUUCAACAAAAAUCAACCAAAGAUCAAGACGUCUCACUGACUGCUGCUAAUUGGCCAAAUGAAUCGAAGCUCGUGACGCAAAAAUCCUGGUCGCACAUCCAAGGCAGGCAAGAUCACCGCGUCUUCGCAGUGGGCCAAGCGUGUGUGUCAAUGCGGGUAUGA